AUGUGUGAAUAUCUAAUGCGAGAAGAACAAUCCAUUCAGGCUGCAUUUUACAAGUUGGAUGAUAAAGGUAAGCAUAAAUAUUGGGUUCGCUUAAAUGCUUCAAUCUAUGUGGUACGACUUCUCUUGAAUCAAGGUUUGGCACUUCGCGGUCAUGAUGAGAGUGAAUCGUCAUUGAACAAAGGUAAUGUUUUUGAAGUUCUUUCAUGGUACGUGGAUAAAUGUGAUCAAAUUCAACCUUAUGUGUUAGGAAAAGCUCCAAAAAAUAAUAAAAUGACUUCUCAUGAUAUCCAGAAAGAUAUUGUGAGUGCUUGUAAGAUUGAAACAAUUAAGGCUAUAAUAGAGGACUUAAAUGGUGACUACUUUGCUCUAUUGGUUGAUGAAUCUAGAGAUGUGUCAUGCAAAGAGCAAAUGGCUAUUUGUUUGCGAUUUGUUGAUAAAAGGGGAUUUGUGAUGGAGGCAUUUAUUGGACUUGUUCAUGUUAAAGAUACUAGUGUGUUAUCUCUAAAGAAAGCAAUUGUGGAUGUACUCGCUCACCAUUCUUUAACUUUAUCUUAUGUACGGGGGAAAUGUUAUGAUGGGGCAAGCAAUAUGCAAGGUGAGCUUGGUGGUCUUAAAACGUUGAUCAAACAAGAAAGUAGAUCGGCUCAUUCCGUUCAUUAUUUUGCUCAUCAACUUCAACUAACUCUUGUUGCAGUUUCUAAAAAGUGUGUUCAAGUGGGAGAACUUGUACUCUUGGUUUCAAAUGUUUUGAAUGUGUUGGGAGCUUUUUUUAAACGUGUGGAUGGAUUUCGAGAAUCUAAAAAACAAAAACUCCGGGAAGCAUUAGAUUUGGGUGAGCUAGAAACGGGUAGAGGCCUGAAUCAAGAACUUGGCCUUAUUAAAGCCGGUGAUACUCAUUGGGGAUCUCACUACAAGUCGUUUGGAAACUUUAUUACUAAAUUUGCCUCUAUUGUUGAUGUCCUUGAUGCUCUUGUUGUAAAUGCAAGUAGUCCGGAUGAAAGAGCUAGUGCAUCGGGAUUUCUUAGAUGUUGUCAAACAUUUGAGAUUAUUUUCUUGUUGCAUUUGAUGACUGAUGUUUUAGGAAUCACAUAUGAUCUUAAUGUGUCAUUACAGAAAAAGGAACAAGAUAUUGCAAAUGCCAUGAUUCUUGUUAAGGUUUGCAAGAGAAGGUUGCUAGCUUUAAGAGAUAAUGAAUGGGAUCCUCACUUAGAAAAGCAUUCUGGAUGGGAUUCACUUAAAGAAAAGGUAGAAACUUUUUGUAUCAAGCAUAAAAUUUCAUUGCCUAAUUAUGAUGAUCCAUAUGCUAACUCUGGAAGAUCACGACGUAAAGUAGUUGAUUAUACUACUUUGCAUCAUUACCGUGUGGAUUUGUUUUAUAAAAUUAUUGAUUGGCAGUUACAAGAAAUCAAUAAGCGUUUCAAUGAGGUGACUAGUGAUUUGCUUAAUGGAGUAGCUUGCUUGAAUCCAAUUGAUUCAUUUUCUAGUUUUGACAUAAAAAAGAUAGUGAGAAUGGCUGAAUUAUAUCAUGAUGUCUUUGAUGGAUUUAGCAUGAGGGCCCUUGAGAAUCAACUUGCUAAUUACAUUAUUAAUGUUCGUGAUAUUGACAAAAGGUUCUCUAAUUUAGGUGGACUUGGGGAACUUUCGAGAAAGUUAGUUGAGACAAAGAAGCAUUUAAACUAUUCUCUUGUAUUCCUUUUGGUGAAGUUUGCUUUGCUUCUACCAGUCGCCACUGCAACAGUUGAAAGAGCUUUUUCGGCGAUGAAGUUUAUCAAGAAUGACUUGCGGAAUCGAAUGGACGAUGAAUUCUUGGAUGGUUGCAUAGUACCUUAUGUGGAAAAAAAAGUAUUUAAAGAUGUUUCUAAUGAGUGUAUUAUAAAAACAUUUCAAGGGAUGAAGACUCGUCGAGUGCAAUUGUAA